CUUCCGCGCGUGCAGUCGCCGGUGCUCGUGUUCCUAUUCGGCCUGCUAAUGCGCGACUCUCGUGUACUGCGGAUUCCGACGCAGUCAAUCGUCCUCGACUUCCCUCUGAGCGCAGCAUUGUGCGAACGACUACUGUGACAGCGCCCAAGACCGCUGCGGUGCCUCGCUCUCGGGUCUCAAGCGCCAGUUUAGUGUCCGAAGUUCGUCAGCCGUCUUGUGCUGCUGGAGGAAAUGAUGGCGGUGCAGCUGGCCGACCGGUUCUCUCUGGCACUGUGUCUGUUCCUAGGGUCUCUGGUGCGCGCACUCAUGCUGGGAAAGCCACCGACCCGUCGAAGGUUUCUCAGGUGUCUAAGGUGUCCGCUGUCCUCGCCGAGGGUAUUACCAGUACCUCGUCGUUGCAGGCUUCUCGUCAACUGGCUUCCCGCCCUUUGUCGAGCAACUCACAGGCACCCGCCGCGUCUGCACGUCCACGUUCAGCAAGCGGUACUCCUAGGGUUGCCCCUCCGGCCAACGCCCAAUCUCGCUCUGGUGUCCGCCUUUCGCAAUCGAGUUUCUCUGGUCCUACUCCCUGCACAAAGCCUGGUGAUAGGAUGAGAACAAGAAGUGGCCCUCAGCCUCUGACCAGCCCCCUAAACGGCAGCAACUUAUCUCAGCCUGCGCCUGUUGGCGCCACGGCCAAAGUCUCUUCAACGGCUAGUUCAGCAUCGCGGCCGCCAUUGACAGCAACUCGCUCUGAGUCUGUAGCUGGGGUUUCCUCGACU